AUGACCACCUCGUACGAGUACGAUGACCUCGCCUUCCUUCGUCGGCCUCUGGUCCCGCAUGACCCGUACCCUCGCUUCCUGGAUCCACCCGGAACGGCAUUGCAGCGGGCCACCGCCAUCUUUACCGGCGGCGACUGGGCUCGCUCCCUCACCGUUCUCCCACUAGUUGAGCUAACGGCAGAAGCCGUGCCGGAUCGAGGCGGUUACCUCCGCCCGCCCCAUUGCCGCAACACGGUACGGUGGCAUGGCGCCUCCGACUCGGUGUCCUCCUGUCGACAGCUCCCUAUCGACACAUCGUCGGGUGUCGUGUGGGGUCCCUCCGCUUCCGAAGGAGGCGAGGCUCCCGUCAAACUAGCCGCCCUCCGACUCGCUCGCCUCAUUCCUCGGCUCCUUCAAGACGACAUCGCCGAGGCAUGGUAUCGGUGCCGACUGGCCGGUAUCCAGAAUUUGGAACCCGAGACAGCCCGAGGCAGCGACCCCGCCCUCCAUUGCGGCCACUGGAUGACCGUACACGACCAUCCCUCCUUGCCGAAGGAGUCGGAUCCGUCCAAGCUGUCGCCCGAGGCAGCCGAUGCCCUCGUACGGCUACUCAGCCUCCUCGCAGUCGCUGGAUCGCUCGCUCUGCAAGCCCUCCAAGUCGCGGACCUAGCUGCGGGCGUACGGACAGAGGAGUGA